AUGCCGAAGUUGUUGUUUCGUCGUCUUGGAGAUGCUCUUGUUUGUCACAGUGGUAACGCAAAAGAAAGUUGUCGCUUCACCACAUCUCCCACUAGAUUGAAAUCAGAGACUCCAGUCAUACAAAUGAAGGGGGAAGAUCCAUUCGUUCUUCUGUUUUCCCAAAAGUUAGAAGAUUUUGACUUACAUUCGCCAACACCGUCAGAAACAACCAUGUACAGCAACGAACGACCUCUCUCGCCGAAAAUGAUUAACCAACAAGAUAUGGAAAUUCCAUUGUAUUCUUCCCAGUACCUACCUAACGACCAGUAUAUUGCACUUGGUGACAUAGACAUGGGGAGGCAGUAUGCGCUCGACGAUAUGUUACACAGUGCUCUGGGUUUUGGUGAAGGAAUCACACCAAGUUUCAACCAUAAUGCAAACACACCAUCCACAGAAAACCAGCUAACACUACUGGACGAUCUAGUUUUGGAGGACAUCAUGACAGAGAUGUCUUUCAAAAAUAAGCCCGUGCACGAAUGGAAUCAAUAUGACGUCAUCGAAUGGGUUCACUGGUGGGCUGCCGAAAAGAAAGUGGAGACUAUAGCAGUAAACAUCCCGGCUUUUACAACCCUUUGUGGGAAAGACUUAACAAAAAUGAGACCUUAUGAUUUCCUGCAGUUAGAUUCCCAAUAUGGCGAAAGGAUAUACGAGUCUUUACAGUUUUACAUUCAUUACCACCAUGUUGAAUGGCACGAUAAUAUAAUGCCCCUUGGAUCAUUUGGCCAAAAUCAGCACCAGGUACCUUCUUUGACAGGUCAAGGGUCAGAACCUUGGCAACACAUUCUGAACCACGAUGUUCCAGGAAAAAGUCCAUAUUCAGGCACAGAUUCCGAUCCCGAGAGUACCAGUAGCGCCACUAGUUGUUUGAGUGAGAAGCAAGCUAGUUCUGUUCAAUUUAUACCGUCCAUUAACUCCGUCCAUAAACCAGUUUCAUUGGUUACAAAAAAGAUUGGAUCAGGUAAAAGAGGGAGGCCACCUAAGAAAGAUGCUAAGUCCCGGAAUAGGCAAGGAAAAGGACACGGAAAACUUUGGGAGUUUAUUCGGGAUUUGUUAUUGAAUCCAGUGUACAAUCCUAGUUACAUACGAUGGGAGCGACGCGAAGAAGGAAUUUUCAAAUUCGUACAAUCGGACAAAGUCGCCAAAUUGUGGGGUGAACGCAAACAGAACACCAGCAUGACUUACGAAAAGCUGAGCAGAGCAAUGAGAUACUACUACAAGAGUCAGGUUCUGCUUCCUGUGUUUGGGCGCCGUCUGGUAUACAAAUUUGGACCUAACGCUACCGGCUGGAGACCUCAGAUCCAGUACUAGUAAACUACAAACUACUGCAUUUGUUCAAAGUAAACCGUUUUGUAACUUUACUCAACAUAGACUAUACUCUAAUCGGUAAGUGAAAUAUUUCGACUCAGCCUCAAAUCGCAGGAUACAUUAAAUGACGUUAUGGAGGAUGCGCUCAAAAAUUUGAGUAUCGCUUUUCGUUUUUGACACUUUUAAAAGUCUAUCAAGAAAAGCUCAAUCUUUUGCUUAGAAAAUGUUGUAAGCUUAAGACUAAACAUGACUUGUGAAAAGUAUUGAAUUGAUGCAAAAUGUUGAUGGAAACCUACGAGAAAGAAUGGUAAUGAGAAAACACUAAAUAACAACGUAGAGUGAACUUUUUCUGUAUUACGUUUAAAGCUAUUAUAGAAGAUAGAGCACAUUUCU